UGCGCUAGAACUAGUUUAUCAAAAACAAUAUCAUCAAAAUGGUGAUCCUUAAUUUAAAGACAUAAAGCUCAGAACAGAAAUACACUGUAAGUUACGAGUCACAACAAUCGGAUCAUCGAGAAUGAAAGUACAAUUAAGUUUUAUGUGGUACUUUGAACAGAACUGUAUACCCGUUUUUUGCACUGGGAAAUUAUAGCCAUUGCCUAUCAGGGCAGUCCCUUUCAACAUUAUUUUCCGUGUCUAACCAUAUAAAAGAUCCCAUAUUUCUCUAUCGGAGCAUCACAUCAUCAGUUGCUAUCAACCAGUGAACAAUACAAACAAUCGACAUGGCAUCUAAGGUUUUGGUCUCAUUCCUGGCCGUCGUCGCAGCAGUCUUGGCAUCCACUAAGCCAGACAAAAGAAGUGUGGGGUACGACACUGCCGGAUGGAAUUCAUUGGCUGGAUGGAACGUCCCUUUCCCGCCUGCAUCUCAUAGCAUUGGAGCCUAUUCUCACGCUCAUGCGCCAGCUUCAGACACCAGUUCAGACGUAGCGGGAGCCGUAGCAGCAGCCAAAGACGCGGCCGCAGCAGUGAUGGCUGCCCAGCACGAAGUAGCAGCUGCGAAGCACGCCGCCAUCGAGCAGCAGAGCAUCGCUGGGGCGAAGGAAGUUGCUGCUGCUCACGCAGCACACAAAAGUGAAGAGGCAGCCAGACACGCGCGCGCUCACGCUCUCGAAGCUGCGCAGGCGGCGGUCCAAGCCCAAGCUCAGCUGGCAGCCGCCAAAGCCCGCGCUGCUGUCGCGCAGAAGAUAGCUGCAGCGAGGGAAGCGGCUGCUGCAAGGGCGCUGCAGCGAGCUGCUCAUACACAAGCUGCUAGGCUGCAUAACGCUGACAUCGAAGCCCUCAAACUAUCCGUGAUCCAGAGCUCCGGAGCCGCUGGCGCUGCUGGUGCGGCCCAGCACGCUGCCACUGCCGCUGCCGCUGCUCUAAACACAGCUGGAUGGAACCCCACUUGGCCUAAGCCUUGGGCUUCUAACGGCUGGGCCCAGAACUCUAGCCCUUGGAACUGGUCUUAAGACUACGAUUGAGAAAUCUCGGAAGAAAAUUGAAUUUUGGAAAUUGAUUUUGACCUUAGUAUAACUUUAAUUAAGUUUGAUUUCAUAUCGUGAGCGUUGGUUUUUGCGACAGGAUGUUUUUGUUGAUUUUAGUAAGUAAAUACAACCUACUAUCGAUUUUAUACAACUGUUUAUCUGAUUUUGCUGAUAAUAUAACUUUAUCUCUGCCUAUGAUGAAAAUAUUUUCGUAGUUUUAAAUUAGGUUUACUUAAAAAUAAUAAUUUAGAAUUAGUUUACUAGGUAAUAAUAAGUUUGUAUUCUCGAAUUGUUUUUAAAACCAUGUUAUAACAUUACAAUAAAGCAUUG